AAUGCUGUAAUUUUUUUUUGUUUUGGUGUGGACCGUUUUAAACUCAAGUGUCAUCAGCAUUCUCCCACGAAAUAAACGGAAAGCUUUAAAUACUGGAAUAAUGGAAUGUGUUCAAAAUUUGCGACACAAACACUUGAAUCUGCUGCACCUACUUAGCACGAACAUCGUCAAAUACGUUAUAAACGUUUCGAGUACGUAUGAGGAGGAACAACGGAAAAUAAGAUACAAUGAAAACCUGGCCAAAAAAAUUGCCGGAGCUGAAGCCCAGGUAGCUGUGAUUGCAGCCGAACAAGCUAAAGCUGAAGAAGAAAAGAAGAGAAUUCUACAAAAGGAUGUUGAGCUGAAAGUAAAAUUGAAACGGGAAACAACCAAAGCCCAAGAACUUCAAUUGGCAGUAGACAAGGAGCGAGCCAGAAUAGAGGAGCUGGAGAGGCUUUCCAAGAGUACUCAUGACAAGGUGAAUCUGCUUUUGAAACCAUACCAUGACAUUUUAGGUGUAACCUUCCAGCACUGCUCGGAACCUGAGGUUUGUCUUAGAAUUCUUUUCCAAAUGCCAAACGGCAAGUACUGCGUCAUCAAACUCACAAAGAAUGGAUUCAGAGUUAUCAAAUGUGUACCGAUGCUAAAAGAUCUGGAUAAAUUGGAGGCGCAUUUAGCGAAAACUAACGAUUUCUCCGGCUUCGUGGUUCACAUGCGAAAUCGUUUCUUGAAAGAAGUCGCCUUAUAACUCUAUCAAAAACUUUGCAAUUUUUAAAAACCGUAUUUCCCGCCUUGUAGUAAUGUAUGAAACGUGUGUAAUAAAUUCAUUAUUUCUUCACAU